AUGAGCCUGUACCGCCGCCUGAACACUGAGACGUCAGGUCAUCAAACACUGACAUCGAAGCCAGGGCGCAUACCCAAUCAUUGUGAGCUCCUCGCUUACCUCGUCUGCGUGGGAGCCGGAAUUACCGUGGUGGUGGCUGCCACGCUGCUCAUCGUAUACCAGAGCGACCGAGGCAUGGACACUCUCUCUUUGUGCAUCACCGAGGAGUGCAGAGUUUAUGCCGAGCAGGUGUCGUCAUCACUCAACCGCUCGGCGAAUCCAUGCCGCGACUUUUACGAGUUUACGUGUGGAAACUGGCCGAAGGCCAACCCUGGAUAUGCAUCUGAAGCCUCCCGUAGUACAGUUGUGCUCAUUGAGGAAGCCGGCAGGCGGCUUGUACUACACCCCAUGCAGGACGUCGAAAACCAGACUGCCAUCGUUAAAGCGAGCAACCUAUAUGUGGGUUGUCUUCAAGGCGAAGACCAGAUGACGAAGCUGCGUCAUGAGUUGUUGCCGGAGAUGGGCAUCCACUGGCCGAACGUCAAGGGGGUGGUCGACCCUGUGCGGCACCUGGUUGACCUGAGCGUGCAGUGGCAGAUGCCCACGCUGCUCGACGUACGCACCGAUGAUUUCGUUCAGCUUACGGCUGAGCGUAGCCCCGUCUUUGACACUGUCACCAUGGACUGGUGGCAGCCAGUGUUCCGGCGUCUACACGGGCGCGGGCAGUACGGGGGCUAUGUGCGUGCCUUCUAUGAGGCCUUCUCCGACGACAGAAAUCAGACGGUUGUCGACGGUUUCUCGUCGGGUAGCGUCUUGCUCCCGCCGCCUGAAUCUCAUGCGAAACGUCAGGACCACUCGUAG